GUACCCAUUCAUUUUAAUGGUGUGUAUUCGCCCACCAGUGUUUUAGCGCGGUCUGUGGGUCGGUGGUUUUAGCACAGAAGUAUGCGCUAUUUUGUCUGUUCACGGAUCCAUCACGCCCAUUAUAGUUUAUGGGUCCGUGAAAAACACAGACGCAACACGGAUGCCAUCCGUGUUUCAUGGACCAUUAGGAGGGGAUGCUAUGAAAAUAAAUUUUCAGCUGUAAAGUGUCCGUCAAACACGGAAGACACAAGGGAAGCAAAAAACGGACACAUGGACCAAACAUGGAUCUUUCAUGGAGAUCUUCACGGAUGACUCACUGACACCUUUUCACGGAUUUCAUCACGGACACAGACGAGGGAUCUACCACUGAUGUCCAAAAAACAGCAGAACAAAAUGCCAGGUUUUGGCCAGUCGGGUUUUAAUCCAGUGUUUUCACCUUUCUCAUCAAGUAACAUGGGACCCUCUGGCCCGUAUCGGCCAGAUCAAUUUACAUUUCAGCCAGCUCCUGCGCCCGAAUCCACAGAAAGGAACCCAGCUCGGAGGCCUUUAUUUCAACAAGGCUUUGAUUCCUCUGCUUCUUCCCCCAACCUUCCAGAUGAAGAUAAUAUGGGAGUUACACUUAUGAAUGAGCAAUUUCAAGAGAAGAUCCGUCCAUGUAUUGACCUCAUUGACUCACUUCGGGCAUUUGGGGUGGAGAAGGAUCUGGCAUUACCAGCGAUUGCUGUGAUUGGUGAUCAAAGUUCUGGUAAAAGCUCGGUUCUGGAGGCUCUGUCUGGGGUCACACUUCCCAGAGGUGUUGGCAUUGUCACACGUUGCCCCCUUGAACUCAAGCUGAAAAAAUCUGCUCAGAACUCCCAAUGGUUUGGCAACAUUUCUUACAGAAAUACAAAAAUAAAUCUUGGAGGACCAUCCGCAGUAGAGUCUGAAGUUAGGAAAGCACAAGACAUUGUAGCUGGUGCAGGAAAAGGAAUCAGUCAUGAACUCAUAACAUUGGAAAUCAUCUCUCCAAAUGUCCCAGAUUUGACUCUGAUUGAUCUUCCAGGGAUCACAAGGAUUGCUUUGCCCAAUCAACCCAAGGACAUUGGACAGCAGAUCAAGCAGAUAAUAAAAAAAUACAUAACGAGACAAGAAACUAUUAAUCUGGCUGUGGUUCCCAGUAAUGUGGAUAUAGCAACAACAGAAGUUCUGGAAAUGGCCCGAGAAGUGGAUCCAACUGGAGACCGAACUAUAGGAGUCCUCACUAAACCAGACCUGGUUGAUAAAGGUGCAGAAGUCGAGGUUGUACGUGUAGUUCAAAACCGAGUGUACAGCCUUCGGAAAGGUUACAUGAUGGUCAAGUGUCGAGGGCAAAUGGAGGUACAGAGUAACAUCUCUCUUGAAGAUGCCAUACAAAAUGAGAGGGCUUUCUUUGAGAACCAUGAACACUUCAGCGUUCUUCUGAACCGUGGGCAAGCCACCAUACCACACCUGGCAGACAGACUCACCAAAGAACUAGUGUACCAUAUCUCUAAAACAUUACCCAGUAUAGAUCAGCAGAUCCGAAGUAAGCUCCGGGAGGCAGAGGAGCAGCUCAGACAGAUCGGCAGAGGCGUGCCUGACUCUGAAGAAGAGAAGGCUCAGUUUAUAAUAGCGAAAAUCAGAGAUUUCGAUGACGGAAUCAUGAAAGUAGUAAAUGGGGAUGAAGAAGGAAGCACCGAAGACUUAAAACUUUUCAAAAACUUAAGAAGACUUUUUGAGUCUUGGGAAAUGACCAUUAAGAACUCAUGUGCAGUGUUUGUGAGUGAAAUGAGAGAAGAAAAAAACAUCUACGAGAACCAGUAUCGAGGCCGUGAGCUGAUAGGAUUCAUCAACUACAAGAAAUUUGAGAACAUCAUGAGGAAGCACAUAGUGACGUUUCGAGAGCCGGCUAUACACCUGCUGUUUGAGGCGACAGAACUCAUCCAGAGAUGUUUCAGAGACGUAGCUUCGAAAUGUUUCGUUCAGUUUGAUAAUCUUUAUCAUGCUGCCACGGACAACAUUGAAGAUAUUUCUCACAAGCAGAAGAGUGAGGCUGAUGGAAUAAUCAAUUUACAGUUCAAAAUGGAGAAAAUCAUUCAUUGCCAGGAUAGCCUGUACUGUGAAGUUUUGUCAGCGAUAAAAGAUGCAGAGAGGGGAAAACUCCUGCAGGACCAGAGGCAGCUGUCCAUGAAUGAACUGGCCUGUCAUCUGGAGGCAUAUUUUCGGAACACCACCACUCGUUUGGCGAAUCAGGUCCCUCUGAUUAUCCAGCAUUACAUUCUGUAUGAGUUUAAGGACCAUCUACAAUAUCAAAUGAUCCGUUUACUGGAAGAAAGAAACAAGACUGACUUGCUGGAAGAAAGAGACGGACUUUCUGGAGAGAGACAGAAGCUCAAGGAUCAGAUUCAGCGACUCAGGCUUGCCCGGGAACGUUUACAAAAAUUCUGAAUCUUGGUGAAGGAUGAAGAAAUCCCUUUAGACUUUAUUUCCCAGAAAGCGAUUAUCAUAAUUGCAUGAAAUUAUGAGGAGUGAUGGGCAUUUUGUGGUCCAUGGCCAAUAUAAUAUGCGUAUCUUCUUCUUUCUGCAGUAUUGGCCAGAUAUUCUGUGUAGAAAUGUGGAGGUCCCGAGUCUAUAACUUGUGGCCAUUUGUGGCAAUCACUCUCCUUAGUCAAUGGAAUAUAAAGUUUAGAAAUAUCUGAGGGCAUGCACUUGGCUGUUUCUGUAUGUUACACAGAGUAUAAUGGAGAGGGAACGAGCAGCCAACUACAGUCACUCUACGGGGACAAAAGUUACUUUGCAUUGUUAUUUGUGGUCCUCGGAUCUGGACAAUGGCCACUUCCGAGACAUUCUGAGUCUACUUUCACACUCGCGUUUUGACUUUCCGUUUGUGAGAUCCGUUCAGGGCUCUCACAAACGGUACAAAACGGAUCAGUUUGCAUUCUAAUGCAUUCUGAAUGGAAAAGGAUCCGCUCAGAAUGCAUCAGUUUGCAUCAGUUCAGUCUCAAAUCCACUUUGGAGACGGACACCAAAAUGCUGCUCGAGUUACUUUCACUAAAAGACUUAAUAAUAAAUGGUUUCCAUGACUUUUCUGCCUCCUUCUAACUAAGCAAAUAUGCAAAAUCCACAUUGGAGUUCAUUUAACUUGAGUCAAAUAGACAUAUUGAUAUGGUUAAUAGGCAAGGGUUGGAUCAAGAUCUGUUAAGGGACAAAACCAACUGAAGAGAAAUGAGACAGAAAAUUGUGGAGCUAAAUAAUGGCAAAAUAAUACUGCAGUAAAGUACUCUAAUAAUACUGACAUACUAUGCUUAAAGAAGAGGUCUAAACAGCGCCCAGAUAACACCGAUCAGAUCCUAGGUUUUCAAGGCAAUCAUGGGACACUAGUAGUUGAGCUCUUCUCUGAAUGAUUCCUGAGUCUGAAUGGUGGUCAAACAUCAUGCAAUUGAUGGCUCUCCAUUCACCGAUAUGGAACUUCUAGAGAUAGCCGAACAUUGUGCAUGGGUCCACAGAAAAUUAAUGGAACGGCGGCGCCCAUGCUCAACUGUGUUUCCAUUGAUAUGACAAAACACAGGACUCUUGUUCUCAUGGUCUGUUUAACCCCACAAUGAGACAUUUAACCCCUAUCCUGAACAUAAUAGGGGGCUCCGUUAGAUCUUUGCUAUGGGGCCACUUCUGAACUGCUUUGAUCUAAAGUCUGGGGAUUAAAGGGGUUAUCAGAGGCAUGAUGUGUAGCUCCUGGGGCUCCAAUGCAAAUGUUUCAACAAGUUCCCAACUAGAAUGCAUGCGUAGUACUGGUGUGAGAUGGAAAUUUGUUUCGAAGCACACAAUGUCUGCCGAGGUGCUUUCCAUUUUGAGAACAUGAGUGUUGGUGGAGAAUUACAAUAUUUGGAGGAUGGUAUGUGUUCCUCAUACCUUGUAAUGUGUUCCUCAUACAGUAUAUUCAGUGUGUUCCUCAAAUUCUUGGUGAGUGUUCCUAACACUUAUACUACUAGGAUGUUAUUGGAUACUACUGAGGUUAUCACUAGAGGUGAGCAAUUU